CGCAUUAGGGAGGCACCGCGGAUAAGAAGACGAAGAAGAAGGCGACCAUGUUGAUUUUAAGGAAAAACACAAUAGACGCGAUUUAUUUCAAGCACAGUUGAGCUAUUAAAGCCCAUUGCGACAUCGUGAGUUGAAACCAACGUGAAAUUGACGUCCGUCUUGUGAAAUAUCGAAGAGCGCAGGUGGCACAUUUGAGUUGUUGGCAAGAUUGAGUGGAAAGCACCAGUGAUCACAGUCUCACUCCCACUAGUGACACGCCGACCUCCCAACCUCAACCAGCUGAAGCAGUUAAGAAACUGCGGACUAAAAGGGGUGGAAAAGCUUUUCUGGCUUUGGACUCGAUCCCCUCUUGUAUUUGUGAUACCCAUCAAGUGAAACUAAACGGAAGAACAUGUAAUUUUUUGGGAAGGACUUGUACAAAAUUGGACAUCUUAUUUUCCCAAGAAGGACGAUACUGAGUUAAUACUGUGGACAAAAAAAAAGUCAAGGAAAUACUGUUAAACAGAAGAUUAUAUUGAAGAACCUAUUCCUACAGUACAGAGUUUGCCUUAGUUGUUCUAUUUCAGGACUUGCGCCACAUUUUAUACUUGUUCACAUAUAAUUUUCUAUAUUGUGAGCAAGUAUAUUCAUGCAUAUGAAUGCAAAUUUCUCUUCAUUUUGAAGAGUUUCUCGUGUAUAAAGUUGUCUUUUCUGUUUCUUGUACGUCAGUCGCUCUUUUUUAAGGGGACCGAGCUGCACGUACCCGCGUGUUUGUGUGUGUGUGUGUGUGUGUGUGUGUGUGUGUGUAUAUAUAUAUGUAAAUAUUACCAGUUGACUGCUGGUUUAAAAGCUGUCAGCUUAAUCGAAUAUAUUGUUUGUUGAUGCUUUAUUAAUAUUUUUUACAUUUUUGAAGAUCAUUUUUUUAGUAAAAACAAACUUGAGGAAAGAUUGUUUGAGAAAAAAAGAGAAAAAAAACAAGCAAAGAAAAUAAAGGGCGGGGAAAUGGCAGCGCCCAGAACAGAAAGCGUUGGCCCACUUGUGAUGGGACUGAACAAGCAGAACGGGCAGCUCAGAGGACAGACCAAACCAGCUUCAGUCCAGCCAGGACCCGCAACUCAAGCGAAGGGGUUGGGAGCUCUCCAGAAACCAGGUGGCGCGUCUCAAGAAGGUGGAGGCAUUAAAUUUGGGGACGACUGGAAAAAAAGCCUACAGCUCCCUCCCAAAGACAACAGGGUCAAAACCUCAGACGUGACCAGCACUAAGGGGAAUGAAUUUGAGGAUUACUGUCUGAAACGGGAACUUCUGAUGGGCAUUUUUGAGAUGGGCUGGGAGAAACCAUCUCCAGUGCAGGAGGAAAGUAUUCCCAUUGCCCUGUCUGGAAGGGAUAUUUUGGCUCGGGCCAAGAAUGGAACCGGGAAAAGCGGAGCCUAUCUCAUCCCAAUGCUGGAAAGGAUAGACCUCAAAAAGGACCAUAUACAAGCAAUGGUAGUCGUGCCUACUCGAGAGUUGGCACUGCAGGUGAGCCAGAUUAGCAUUCAGAUCAGCAAACAUAUGGGAGGAGUCAAAGUCAUGGCCACCACCGGGGGAACCAACCUACGAGAUGACAUCAUGCGCCUGGAUGAGACUGUGCACGUGGUCAUUGCCACACCUGGUAGGAUUCUGGAUUUGAUAAAGAAAGGUGUGGCAAAGGUGGAUAAAGUCCAAAUGAUGGUGAUGGAUGAGGCUGAUAAACUGCUGUCUCAGGAUUUUGUGGUGCUCAUCGAGGAUAUCAUAAGCUUCCUGGCCAGGCAGAGGCAGAUCCUGCUCUACUCGGCAACCUUCCCCAUCAGCGUGCAAAAAUUCAUGGCCAAGCACCUGCAGAAACCAUACGAGAUCAAUCUGAUGGAGGAGCUGACUCUGAAGGGCAUUACUCAGUAUUAUGCCUACGUCACAGAGAGACAGAAAGUGCACUGCCUCAACACACUCUUCUCCAGGCUUCAAAUCAACCAGUCGAUCAUCUUCUGUAACUCCACACAGCGGGUAGAGCUCUUAGCCAAGAAGAUCACGCAGCUGGGCUACUCGUGUUUCUACAUUCAUGCAAAGAUGAUGCAGGAAUAUAGAAACCGUGUGUUCCAUGACUUCAGGAAUGGACUGUGCAGGAAUCUGGUCUGCACUGAUCUCUUCACAAGGGGUAUAGACAUUCAGGCCGUCAAUGUGGUCAUCAACUUCGACUUCCCCAAGAAUGCAGAGACAUACCUCCAUCGUAUUGGACGAUCAGGGAGGUUCGGUCACUUGGGUUUGGCCAUCAACUUGAUCACGUCCGAAGACCGCUUCAACCUGAAGACCAUCGAAGACCAACUGGUGACCGACAUCAAGCCCAUUCCCGGCAGCAUCGACAAGAGCCUCUACGUGGCAGAGUUCCAUUCAUCCAGCGCCGACUGCGAGGUGGAGGAAGUCCUGGAGAAAUCGGGACGCCCACAGGACAGCGCCUAAAUCUGGACUUGCAGGACUCCGUAGGCUUUUGCACACUUCAGGCACCUCUUCAACAUUACACUUGUUUUCAAAGCCUGCUAAAUUGUGACAGAGGCUUUUUUUUUUGUUUGUUUUGUUUUCAUUUGUUUGAAAUAGUUUCUGCCUUUCAUCAAAGAACUGCGUGACGGAAAAGUGAACUAUCUCGAUUUGCAUCCACUCCACACUGAGAUUGUUGCAAGAACAAACUUCUCAGUGAGCUUUGUAACGUACAAUACCGUCAAAUCUGUUCUGAACCUGUCGUCCUUAGAGACCGACAAGCAAGCGCGGUCCGUCUCUUUUAAGUAUCAGAACACCAGCCAUCAUUCAGUACACUGUUACCACUUAAGUGCCUUACAUCCUCCCAUUCAUCCUCUCACAGCCUGUCGCGCAAAUGAAUGAAAUAAUAGCUCAUUAACUCCGAACACAUCCAUUAUGCAACAGUAUCUUUCUGUGAGAUGUGUUAAGAAAACCUUAAUAUGAUAUUUAAUGUGAAUGUUGCAAUAAAAACGGCAGCUUUACUUAAAUAGUGCGCGACUGUUUUAACCCAUUUAGAAUGAAUUAAUAAACACGCAGAGGGGGACCCAUGCAACCCUGCAAAAAUCAUUUCAGUUUCAUAGCGGCCUUAUGCUGUUCCUUUGGGCUCGUACACAUCCAGAAAGGAGAAAAAUCUCGUAUCCAAAACAUAGGGAUCGGUUCAAAACAGUCUUGAUUACGGAAUAAUGGUAAUGGUGUUGAUAAGCUAAACAGGAUAAUGAGAAGUGGUGGUGCAAAGCGGUAGUUCACCUUUCUGUUAGGUUAUUUCUCCCAUAUGUUUAUGCUGUCCAUUUGCAAUAUGGACACUUAAGAUUUUGUUAUCUGCAAAUCUAAAGAUGUUUUUUUUUUUUUUUUUUUGUCCCCGCCCUGACAAACUGAAAUAGGUGAAUGUACAGUACGGACAAAAUUUUGGACAAACCUUCUCAUUUCAAUGCGUUUUCCUUAUUUUUAUGACUAGUUACAUUGUAGAUUGUCACUUGAAGGCAUCGAAACUAUGACACCUGUGAAGUGAAAACCACUUCAGGUGACUACCUCUUGAAGCUCACGGAGAGAAUGCCAAGAGUGUGCGAAAAAGUAAUCCGAGCAAAGGGUGGUUAUUUUGAAGAAACUAGAAUAUGAAACACGUUUUCGGUUAUUUCACCUUUUUUUUGUUAAGUACAUAACUCCACAUGUGUUCAUUCAUAGUUUUGAUGUGACAAAUAGUCAUGAAAAUAAAGAGAACUAAUUGUAUGAGGAAAAGGUGUGUCCAGGCCAAAAGUUUGGACACACUUUCUCAUUUCAAUGCGUUUUCCUUAUUUUUAUGACUAUUUACAUUGUCACUUGAAGGCAUCAAAACUAUGACACCUGUGAAGUGAAAACCAUUUCAGGUGACUACCUCUUGAAGCUCACGGAGAGAAUGCCAAGAGUGUGCGAAAAAGUAAUCCGAGCAAAGGGUGGCUAUUUUGAAGAAACAUGAAUAUGAAACAUGUUUUCGGUUAUUUCGCCUUUUUUUUUGUUAAGUACAUAACUCCACAUGUGUUCAUUCAUAGUUUUGAUGCCUGCAGUGACAAUCUACAAUGUAAAUAGUCAUGAAAAUAAAGAAAACGCAUUGAAUGAGGAGAAGGUGUGUCCAAACUUUUGGCCUGUACUGUAUAUGCCGCCAACCAAGCGCCUACGCAUAUCAUUAGACACCACUUGUGUUGAAAUAUGUGCUUAGCUUCGGCUCCCGUUUCAGUUUUCUGCAGCUGCACCAAUAUCUUUUUAUUUUAUUUUUUUUAUUUUUUUGAUAAGGAGAGGAUUAUCUGUCUGAUGAAGAGUGGGCGGGUCGCUGGAUUUGAAAGCAAAAUUGUAGCAUCUUUGAAGAGGCAGCUGUGACUUUCUUUUGUUUUUUUUUGUUUUUAUUUGGUCCUCCCUCAACCAAGGCAAAAAAAAUGUACUCCAAAAAUGAUCAUUUUAGUUUUUUUUCUCAACUUUUUUUUUGAGGUUUCUUUCAGCUGUGAGGACUUAAGCACUGGAUUUGGGUGGGUUAGUACUUAAAAAUGUCCAGCAAAAUGAUGGACCAACUGAUUUGACCAUUGAAAGGUACAAAUAAUAUUCAAUGCUCUUUUUUUUAAAAUGGCCAUUCAAAAGUAUAAAUUAUAUUAAAUGUUUUUUUUUAAAUAUGGAGAAAAUGCUAAAUUACUAAAAAAAAAAAAAAAGCAUUUAAGAUCUAUAAUCCUUUAACCUAUUCAGGUGAUGGAUGGUACUUUUUGUUUACAAUUAAAACAACUUUGGUUCGGUUACCUGGGAAAAGGAAGGUUUUUUUUUUUGUUUGUUGUUGAAAUAAAUUUUCAGGAAUUACACUGAAGCAAAACCAAAAAAAAGUGGAAACUGAGGAGUUUGGUGUCUGUUGUGAGAGUGAGUGAGUGACUUUUUUGUUGUCCAAUCGCAUUUGUAUGCAUCUUCCAACUACACUUGACUGACUACUACCUUGCAUUACAACCUGCGUGGUUAGAAAUAUUGAAAAAAUAAUAAAAACCAGUCCUUGUGUCAGUUUGAAGUUGCAUGGAAAUGUAACAGUCUGUUCUUUUUUCCCCCCCCUCUCAUUUGAUGACACAAUGUCUUAAAUCUGAAUGAGUCGUUUUUCCAUUUGCUCGGGUGACUCCCAUCCUCCAACUCCCAUAGCAAACGUCUCAUUCCCAAACAUUUGUUUUCAUUCCACGAUCUCCACUGUGACCCACAGACUUUCUCCCAAAGGGCCUUUUUAUAUACAGGUUUUUUUUUUCGUUUUCUAUUUUAACAUAAUCGAAAGCCGGGUAACUUAUUUUGUUUAAUUGAAUCUGUUUUGCCGCCCCCUUAAUGAUUAAGAUAAACUCGUAACCUAGCCGGUGGUCACAAUGGAGAUCACACUGAAUGGCGGUAUGAAUUUUGGCUAUGUUUUUUGUCAUCUGAGUUAAAGACGGUUCAUGUUUGUAUGUGUGUGUGUGUGUGUGUGUGUGUGUGUGCUUGUCCCAUAGGGUCAGGCGUGCAAAAACCUGUUUAGUAAAUGGCCGACAAAAUGACGAUUUGGUGAUUUUCUGCUUCAGGUACACUUUGGUAAUGGGUGGUAAAAAGACCAAGGCUAAUAUUCCUUUCUACGGCUGAAACACUAAUGUCAAACCCAGCCACGCUUCAGAGGAAAAUGAAAUUGCUCAACUCUAGAUUUGUUGUGUAAGCCGAGAAGACAUGUACUACUGAAGUUCCUGCAGCAAAAAUAGAAACAGGUGAAUUGAUUUUUGUGUGUUAAUCAACAUAACACACAUGGAGUGGCAACAGGAUUCUGAAUUGUCUUGACAUUGUCCUAGUUAUUUAUUUUUGAGUAAUGCAUUAGCCUGUAAAUUGGACUUUGCUCACUCAAACGAGUGAAACUAUUUAGGAAAUCUGCAAAAAAAAAAAAAAAAUCUAAUUCAAAGCAACUCUGUAAUAAUUCAUAUUUUAUUUCCUGACAAAAGUGCAUGGAGCAAUGCAAAGGCAAUUCAGAAAAGCGUUGCUCACUCCGCCCUCUACAGUUGUAAUUUGGAACUACACGCGGGGGCUGUGAAAUUCAAUAAAUUACUGA